AUGGUCGCUCGAGGCACGAAGACUACAAUGCAGCCAUUGCGUGCAACGACUCGGAAGCAGCCGCAAAAACGCGAGCGGGAUGAGUCGCCGGUGACGCCAUUGAAGCGUCGUCGGACGCAGCUCUCACCAACUGGGUCCUCGAAAACACCAGCGUCUGCACAAAUCGAGUACACAGCCACUCCCUUAUCAGGACUUCGAACUAGAGAGCAACUCGACCGAUAUUAUGAAAACGUCAAACGGGACGAACAGCGAAUUCUGGAAGUGAAGAGCAAGUUGGGAAUCUUGCGCGGGGAGAUGGACGCGGAACCGGAAAGCUCACCCGAGGAAUCAUCCGAAUCGACCUCCAUAGGCACGAAAAAAGCAAUCAAACUGAUGGAGAAAAUUGUCGCGAACAGCCAAUUGAUCGAAGAUCUCGAGGAGGAACGGCGACUGGUCCCUCCCAAACCACGAGGACCUACACGCGUGAACCAAGACGGUGUUGCGAAAUCCCGGAAGAAAGAAAAAACGCAACGUGAAAAACUAAGAGACAAUAUUCGAGCGUCUCGCAGGCGAAUCGCAUACGCAUGGGACAUUCUUGCAUCGGCGGGGAUAGUCAAUGAACCGGAAUUGGAUUCGAGCAACAAUCGAAACGUCAAUGCGGACAACACACCAUCCCGAAUUCCUUCUCCAGACCGCUCAGCGAGACUCGCCAGGCAAGCUCGGACUUCGGCCAGAGAUUUGGUGGAGAAGCCAAACAACGAGCCGGUUCUUCCAACGGGUGGCAGGCCAAUUGCUCGGUCGACCAAGUCCUCUGUUUCUCCUGAGCAAAGUCCGCCAGAUACAAAUCCAGUUCUUGGGCCCGAGACCGCGCGAGAGCAAUCUCCUGUUGAAAAGAACGCAAAGCAAUCUCAGCUCGAACAACGGGGGAAACGUGCACUGAGCGCACGGCUCAAGAGGCCCAAGGUAGCUCUAUCUCAAAGAUCUACACAUCGCACCGGUCGAUCAAUCUACUCUCCGGACUCUGUCGACACUGACGACGAGCAGCAAUCUGCGGAAGAAGAGCUGUCUGAGAAAGAACAACGGCCCGAGCAAGAGGAGCAGCAUACAAAUGUACCCAGAGAGGCGACUUCUUCAGAAGUCGAAGAAUCGGCUGGCCCAACGGCGCCAACGACCCCGAGCAUAGCAGAGCAAACAGAUGAGGAGAUUCAAGAGACCCCUCCUAAGCAAUUGCCUCGGAAUGAACCUAUUGACAAAAAGCCCGGAAAUAAUAGCUCGACAAAUGACAAAAUUGAAGAGGAAAGUGAGGACAACCGUAUCUAUGGAGCCAUCAAGUCCAAACCAGCUUCCUCGACAGCCGAUCUCUCCACACAAAGUACGGGAAAGGACAGGACACCCAAAACCAGUGAAGCUGGUGAAGAUGCGGAGGAAAAGAUGAAUGGAGAAGGAGGCGAUGAUGACGAAGAAAGCUCGGAGGGUGAGGAAAGCACAGAGAGCGAUGGCUCCGAGAACGAAGAUGACGAUGAUGAACGUGUCGCAGCUCAGCUGGAGAGGGAAGAUGAUAUCCUGGAUCACGCGGCCGAAGCCUUGUCUGAGAGUAUCAACCUCGAAGAAGAACAAGACGCAGAAUCUCCUCAAAGCACAAAGGCACAAGAUUCCGCGGUGAAAGUUGAAGGCGAGCCUAAUGAGAGCCCGGUGCCCGCGUCGGCUCGUCCUCUCGAAUCGCCCAGGAGCGCCAACGUGACCCAUGUGAGCAAUACAGAGCAAGGUCAUUCCUCCGUCAGACCCUCUGGUUCUCAGCCAUCACAAGUAUCACCACCGCCUCAAGAACCUCCGUCCUCCCGGCCCAGCGCUGGCUUGUUUGAGCGCAUGAACGGAAUACACACUUCAGGCUCCUUUGAGGCCAUGAUGGCCAAUCUCAGGCAAGCGGCAGCGGAGAGACAACGGCAAGCGGAGUUGGCAGGCCCGAUCGAUGACUCGUCAACUUCGGAUUCGUCUGACGAUGACUCUAUGCCAUACUGGUCCCCGGAACCGGAAGCCAAACCUUCAUAG